AUGCGGGAUCCGGCCUCCGCAGAGGCGACAGAGGCACGGGCGGCCCGGGGGGCGUUAGGGGCAUCUGCUCGGGGACGAGGCCCGAGCGGGCGGCGCCGGCACCAUGGCCGCAUCCGAGCUGUACACAAAGUUUGCCAGAGUUUGGAUACCUGAUCCUGAGGAUGUCUGGAAAUCAGCAGAGCUGCUCAAAGAUUAUAAACCAGGAGAUAAAGUGCUUCAGCUACGCCUUGAGGGAGGCGAGGAUUUGGAAUAUCGCCUAGAUCCAAAGACAAAGGAGCUGCCUCACUUACGAAACCCUGAUAUCCUUGUGGGUGAAAAUGACCUCACAGCUCUCAGCUAUCUUCAUGAACCUGCUGUGCUCCAUAAUCUCAGAGUCCGUUUUAUUGAUUCCAAACUUAUUUAUACUUAUUGUGGUAUUGUUUUAGUAGCUAUAAACCCUUAUGAACAGCUGCCUAUCUAUGGCGAAGAUAUCAUUAAUGCAUAUAGCGGCCAGAACAUGGGAGAUAUGGAUCCUCACAUCUUUGCUGUGGCAGAAGAGGCUUAUAAGCAGAUGGCCAGGGAUGAACGUAAUCAGUCCAUCAUUGUAAGUGGAGAGUCUGGUGCAGGAAAGACAGUCUCUGCUAAGUAUGCCAUGAGAUACUUUGCCACUGUGAGUGGUUCUGCCAGUGAGGCCAAUGUUGAAGAGAAGGUCCUGGCCUCUAAUCCCAUCAUGGAGUCAAUUGGAAAUGCUAAAACCACAAGGAAUGAUAAUAGCAGCCGUUUUGGGAAAUACAUCGAGAUUGGUUUUGAUAAGAGAUAUCGCAUUAUCGGUGCCAACAUGAGAACUUACCUUUUAGAGAAAUCCAGAGUGGUGUUCCAGGCAGAAGAGGAGAGAAACUAUCAUAUCUUCUACCAGCUGUGUGCCUCAGCAAAGUUACCUGAAUUUAAAAUGCUACGAUUAGGAAAUGCUGAUUAUUUUCACUACACAAAGCAAGGAGGCAGCCCCAUAAUUGAUGGGGUGGAUGAUGCUAAGGAAAUGGUGCAUACAAGGCAGGCCUGUACUUUGCUGGGAAUUAAUGAGUCCUAUCAGAUGGGAAUUUUCCGAAUACUUGCUGGCAUCCUUCACCUAGGCAAUGUUGGGUUUGCUUCCCGGGAUUCAGACAGCUGCUCAAUACCUCCAAAACAUGAGCCUCUCAGCAUUUUCUGUGAUCUUAUGGGAGUUGAAUAUGAAGAAAUGUCUCAUUGGCUUUGCCAUAGGAAGCUGGCUACUGCAACUGAGACCUAUAUCAAACCGAUUCCCAAAUUGCAGGCUACUAACGCUCGAGAUGCCUUGGCCAAACAUAUCUAUGCUAAACUGUUUAACUGGAUUGUAGAUCAUGUCAAUCAAGCUCUCCAUUCUGCUGUAAAGCAGCACUCUUUUAUUGGAGUGUUGGAUAUCUACGGAUUUGAAACAUUUGAGAUAAAUAGCUUUGAACAAUUUUGCAUUAACUAUGCCAAUGAGAAACUACAGCAGCAAUUCAACAUGCAUGUCUUUAAGCUAGAACAAGAAGAGUAUAUGAAAGAACAAAUUCCAUGGACACUCAUAGAUUUUUAUGACAAUCAGCCUUGUAUUAACCUUAUAGAAGCAAAACUGGGCAUUCUGGAUUUGUUGGAUGAAGAAUGUAAGAUGCCUAAAGGUUCAGAUGACACAUGGGCCCAGAAGUUGUACAACACACAUCUGAACAAAUGCGCACUCUUUGAAAAGCCCCGUCUGUCAAACAAAGCUUUUAUCAUUCAGCAUUUUGCUGACAAAGUUGAAUACCAGUGUGAAGGCUUCUUAGAGAAGAAUAAGGACACAGUUUUUGAAGAACAAAUUAAAGUUCUUAAAUCAAGCAAGUUUAAGAUGCUCCCAGAAUUAUUUCUAGAUGAUGAAAAAGCCAUUAGUCCCACUUCAGCCACAACUUCUGGGCGUACUCCUCUCUCCAGGACUCCUAUAAAGCCAACCAAGGUUAGACCUGGCCAGUCAACCAAAGAGCAUAAGAAAACUGUGGGACACCAGUUCAGAAACUCUCUUCAUCUGCUGAUGGAGACCCUCAAUGCUACAACUCCCCAUUAUGUACGCUGUAUUAAACCAAAUGACUUCAAGUUUCCAUUUACGUUUGAUGAAAAACGGGCAGUACAGCAGUUGAGGGCAUGUGGCGUGUUGGAAACCAUCCGAAUUAGUGCAGCAGGUUUCCCUUCCAGGUGGACAUAUCAAGAAUUUUUUAGUCGCUAUCGUGUCUUGAUGAAGCAAAAAGAUGUACUUAGUGACAGGAAGCAGACAUGCAAAAAUGUAUUAGAGAAACUAAUACUGGAUAAAGAUAAAUACCAGUUUGGUAAGAACAAGAUAUUUUUCCGAGCGGGGCAAGUAGCUUAUUUGGAAAAACUAAGGGCAGACAAAUUGAGGGCUGCCUGUAUCCGCAUCCAGAAGACAAUUCGGGGCUGGCUGCUGCGAAAGAAGUACCUGCGAAUGAGGAAGGCAGCUAUUACUAUUCAGAGAUAUGUUCGAGGCUACCAGGCACGAUGCUAUGCAAAGUUUUUGCGCAGAACCAAUGCAGCCACCAUCAUUCAGAAGUAUUGGCGAAUGUAUGUGGUCCGAAAGAGGUACCAAAUCAGACGAGCAGCCACCAUCAUUCUCCAGUCUUACUUACGAGGCUACAUGGCUAGAAAUAGGUAUCGUAAGAUCCUCCGUAACCAUAAGGCCGUCAUCAUCCAGAAGCAUGUGCGUGGUUGGCUGGCUCGGCUGCGCUACCGAAGGUGCCUGAAGGCCAUUGUCUACCUGCAGUGCUGUUUCCGACGAAUGAUGGCCAAGCGAGAGCUGAAGAAGCUGAAGAUUGAAGCUCGCUCUGUCGAGCGCUACAAGAAGCUGCACAUUGGUAUGGAAAAUAAGAUUAUGCAGCUGCAGCGCAAAGUUGAUGAACAGAACAAAGAGUACAAAUGCCUACUUGAAAAGCUGACCACCCUGGAGGGGACAUAUAACUCAGAAACGGAGAAACUCCGUAGUGAUCUGGAUCGCCUUCACCUUAGUGAGGAGGAGGCAAAGAUUGCCACUAGUCGGGUCCUAAGUCUCCAAGAAGAAAUUGCCAAGCUCCGGAAAGACUUGGAACGAACUCAGUCAGAGAAAAAAACAAUUGAGGAGUGGGCAGACAAGUACAAAAAAGAAACAGAGCAGCUGGUAUCAAAUCUGAAAGAAGAAAAUACAUUGCUGAAAAAGGAAAAAGAGACACUCAACCAUCUUAUUUCUGAGCAGGCAAAAGAGAUAACAGAGACAAUGGAGAAGAAGUUAAUAGAGGAAACAAAACAGUUAGAACUUGAUCUAAAUGAUGAAAGGUUAAGAUACCAGAACCUUCUGAAUGAAUUUAGUCGUCUAGAGGAACGGUAUGAUGAUCUCAAGGAAGAAAUGACGCUAAUGGUGCAUGUACCCAAGCCUGGACACAGAAGAACUGACUCUACUCACAGCAGCAAUGAGUCUGAAUAUACAUUUAGCUCUGAAAUUACAGAGACUGAAGACAUUCCAUUGAGGAUGGAGGAGCCAAGUGAGAAGAAGGCACUUCUGGAUAUGUCCUUGUUCCUCAAGCUCCAGAAACGGGUAACUGAAUUGGAGCUGGAAAAGCAAGCCAUGCAGGAUGAACUAGACCGAAAGGAGGAGCAGAUUCUCCGAAGCAAGGCCAAGGAAGAAGAAAGACCUCAGAUUAGAGGUGCCGAACUGGAAUAUGAAUCACUCAAGCGCCAAGAACUGGAAUCAGAAAAUAAGAAACUAAAGAAUGAGCUGAAUGAGUUACGUAAAGCCCUUAGUGAGAAGGGUGCUCCAGAAGUGACUGCUCCAGGUGCUCCUGCCUACAGAGUCCUCAUGGAGCAGCUGACUUCAGUCAGUGAAGAACUGGAUGUUAGAAAAGAGGAAGUCCUCAUCCUGAGGUCUCAGCUGGUGAGCCAGAAAGAGGCUAUUCAACCUAAGGAGGAUAAGAAUACAAUGACAGAUUCCACAAUCCUCUUAGAAGAUGUACAGAAAAUGAAAGACAAAGGAGAAAUAGCACAAGCAUACAUUGGACUGAAGGAAACGAACAGACUCUUGGAAUCACAACUCCAGUCCCAGAAAAAGAGCCAUGACAAUGAAACAGAGGCAUUGCGGGGUGAGAUCCAGAGUCUAAAGGAGGAAAAUAAUCGCCAGCAGCAGCUCUUGGCUCAGAACCUGCAGUUACCGCCCGAGGCCCGCAUUGAAGCCAGCCUGCAGCAUGAGAUUACCCGGCUGACCAAUGAAAAUUUGGAUUUGAUGGAACAACUUGAAAAACAGGACAAGACUGUCCGGAAACUGAAGAAACAGCUGAAAGUAUUUGCUAAAAAAAUUGGAGAACUGGAAGUGGGGCAGAUGGAGAAUAUAUCCCCUGGGCAGAUCAUUGAUGAACCUAUCCGUCCAGUGAACAUCCCCAGGAAAGAAAAGGAUUUUCAAGGAAUGUUGGAAUAUAAGAAGGAUGAUGAGCAAAAACUUGUCAAGAAUCUCAUCCUGGACUUAAAACCACGUGGGGUAGCUGUCAAUUUGAUCCCUGGAUUACCAGCCUACAUUUUAUUUAUGUGUGUCCGACAUGCUGACUACCUGAAUGAUGAUCAAAAAGUGAGGUCAUUGCUGACAUCAACAAUUAACAGCAUUAAAAAAGUACUGAAGAAAAGAGGUGAUGAUUUUGAAACUGUUUCCUUCUGGCUAUCAAACACAUGCAGAUUUUUGCACUGUUUGAAGCAAUACAGUGGAGAAGAGGGAUUUAUGAAGCACAAUACACCUCGCCAGAAUGAACACUGCCUCACCAACUUCGACCUGGCUGAGUACCGACAGGUGCUAAGUGACUUGGCGAUUCAGAUCUAUCAGCAACUUGUUCGAGUAUUAGAGAACAUCCUUCAGCCAAUGAUUGUUUCUGGCAUGCUGGAGCAUGAAACCAUCCAGGGAGUGUCAGGAGUGAAGCCCACUGGACUACGGAAGAGGACCUCCAGUAUUGCAGAUGAAGGCACCUAUACGUUGGACUCCAUCCUUCGGCAACUUAGUUCUUUCCAUUCGGUCAUGUGUCAGCACGGGAUGGAUCCAGAAUUGAUCAAGCAAGUGGUUAAGCAGAUGUUCUACAUUGUGGGUGCCAUUACUUUGAAUAACCUUCUCCUACGAAAGGAUAUGUGCUCUUGGAGCAAAGGCAUGCAGAUCAGGUAUAACGUCAGUCAACUAGAAGAAUGGCUCCGUGACAAGAACCUGAUGAAUAGUGGGGCCAAAGAAACUCUGGAGCCCCUUAUACAGGCUGCCCAGCUUUUGCAGGUGAAAAAGAAAACAGAUGAAGAUGCUGAAGCCAUCUGUUCUAUGUGCAAUGCUCUCACGACUGCCCAGAUUGUAAAAGUUUUGAAUUUGUAUACUCCAGUUAAUGAAUUUGAAGAAAGAGUCUCUAUAUCAUUUAUACGUACCAUACAGAUGCGUUUACGAGAUAGGAAAGAUUCUCCUCAGCUGCUCAUGGAUGCGAAACAUAUCUUCCCUGUUACCUUUCCUUUUAAUCCAUCCUCCCUUGCUCUAGAAACCAUUCAGAUCCCAACGAGCCUGGGACUGGGGUUCAUUGCAAGAGUCUGAACCAGGACGAAUACACAGGCAAAUGCUGCUGACAAUAGUUUCUUGCUUGAAAUAAGAACCCAUUAUUUCCAGUGAGCUACUGAAAACACAUUUUUAAAAAGAAAAAAAUCCUGCAUAUUUCCCAAACUAUAGGUGGAUAACUGGAAAUCUCCUUAGAAUACCUGGACUGCCCUGGAUAGAAAAGCAUGUUCUAGUACGACACAUUGCUUUCAGAGUGACAUUUCCAUAUCCGACCAUUUAGGCAUCCAGAGUUGGAAUACAAGUGAAUGGGGAAAAGGAAACAAUCAUCAGCUGCCAGACUCCAUUUUCAAUCCUUAGCACCUCAUUUAAAUAGUAUAAACUAAUAUGUAUUCCAUAUGCGAGUUGAUAGAUAGGGAGCAAAGAGGACCAUCUCCAGGUUAAAUGGAAGACCUGAAAGAAAAAAGAAACCAUAGUUAAAUAACGUAGUAAUUUAGGCAUUAAUUAUGUUUCUAACUUGUCAAACUGGAAUGGAGAAAUAAACUGGCAAUCUGUAAAGUAAUUGUUCAAAUAACUUCCUUCUUUGUGAUUAUGUCACUAUAAUAUAAAGUGUGAGAUGUCAAGAAAUUUCUUGGCUUACUGUUAUAGCAUAGGUAUUCAUUGGUUUGUACCAUAGUUUACCAGGCAUUUUAAAUUGUUGCUGCUUAUGGUGUUCUUUUAAAUGUAAACAGUAUUCUUCUUAGGCACUACAGUAAUAUUCUCUUUUAUCAACUUUGUUUACAAUCCAAUACAGUCCAUUAUUCUAACUGGAUCAUAUGCAAUUGUCAACAAAUAUCAGCUCACGAGAAAAUGGUAACCAAGCACAAGUAGCACACUGGAAGUAACAGAAUAGUUGUUUAAGGAUUCUUAUUAAAAUAUUUUAUAUGUAGGGGGUAGGAUUAACAAAAUUAUUUGUCUUAUUUAUUCAGAAUCAUGUUAUGUAAGUAUGUGUAUAUAUUUAUACACAUGUAUUUAUGUGUGUAAAUAUAGAUACACAUAUAUUCAAAAUGUUUUUGCUGGGUUGAUAUCACUUAAGUCUUCUGUCAAGCAUAUGGUUUUAGUUGUUGAAUGAGAUACCUAGAGUGCAUGUUUUUAACACUAGAUUUGAGUUUCUUUGGUUCAUUUCUCCAACAUGUAAACUUAGUCAGGCACGUAGAAAAGAAGGUUGGAAUGUAAUCAUGAUCCAGAUUGGCAUGAUAGUCUUGAGAUAGAUUAGUCUAUAAAUUACAAAUAAGAAAAGAUACAAUAAAAAUUUAAUUACUCUCAACCUUUGCCACUACUGCAUCUGCUCUCAGGUAUCCCUGGAUGCUUAAGAAGGCAUUGUGCUUGGAAGUUGAAUGUUAUUAAGUUUUGCAAAGGAUUUUGUUCACAAGUACCAAAAUCUAUAAGGAAAAUGUAAUGCUAUAAUUCUAACUGGGAUCCUCUCCAGGAUUUUUUCCCCUCAGAUCACUUAGUAAAAUUCAGUUCUCACUUUGAGAUGUACAAAAACAAAUCUUCAGGAUUUCACCACAAGCUCUAGUCUCAAGUAGUGUUUUGUGGUCAGAUGAUAUAACUGUUAGAUUCUCUUGUAAGGUAAACUGUAUUGUUGAAGUAUAAUGUGAAAUAUUAUGAUUAGAAAAUGAUCAUUUUCAAUUUAAUGACAAAAUUUAUUAUGAAAACAAAUACUGUAUCUUAGUCACUUAAUCGACCAGGCCUUAGUUUCCUCAUCUAUAAGCUGAGGAGGUUGGUCUAGAUCAAGGGCCUCCAUAUUUUUUCAGUAGCAGGCUGUAUGAUGAGAAGAAACCCAUGGGCAUAGCAGCCAUAAGAAGUCCUUACAAUUAAAAUUGGUGGUUGAUCCCUUCUCACAUGAUACAUGGCAGCAGUCACGUCAUACAAGGGUAGGAACAGAUAGGUGAUUCAACUCUACCCAUUCUUUUUAUAAGUUAAAAAAAAUAUUUGGGGCUGAAAAUCUCAGCUGGGCUCCUGGAAUGGGGUCAGGUAGGUGAUUUUUAAGGUCUCUUCCAGAUUUUUAAAAAGUUCUCUGAUGCUAGUAUUUUUAUAAUGGAAGUUUGAGAUUUAACUUAAGAAGUCAGUUUGCCAUCUGCUGGACAGACCAGUAUGCAUCAAUUUUUAAAUGGGUUUUUAAAAUUGAGGCUAUAGUUUUCACCAGGAAUAAGAAUAGAGAGAAUAUAAGGAAGCCAAUUUGAUGAUGACAAGAAUUUGUAUAAACACUUGCUUGAAGAUACGCUAUGAUGUUGAGAGAAUCUUCGUAAAGACAGUCCCCAAGGUGAUUUACAUAAAUACAUAUACAUACAGCAUAUAUACAGUCCCAAGACUGUGUGAUUCCAUGACCCAAUGCUUCCAGAUAGGUAACAAUAGAUCAGGAACCAUCUGUUCCCUUUGAAAAAACAUGUUGUUUUGGGGUUUCUUUCCCAACACAUAUUCUGACUUUAUUCGUAUUCUUGGCUAACUUAAUUUGGGUACUUUAUAGAAAUAUAUCACGUGUCUUCAGUUUGGCUGGUCUUAGUGAAAAACAAAUUUGAAACAGUACUUCAGCUAGAUUAUCACCAUGACUCGAUUGUUAAUUUUUCUCUGAAAACUACAUGACAUAUCUUCAAGCAAAUCUUCUCUUGUGUCUUAUCACUCAAUUAAAUCCUUUGAUACUAUCCUCUGUAUUUUUACUCCUGUAUGUAGCCUGUUAGUUCAAUAGUAACUACAAGGGAAGACCUUUUUAACUAAAAAGAUUCAUUUUUUCCCCCCAUCCCAGGUAUGAUGUGUGCUACAAAGCUGGAAAAUUAGAGAAAAAGCACAUUUAGCUCUGCUUUAAGCUACUCCUUCAGAUAAUUCUGAGAGGUGAUGCUGCCUAUUACCCAGCACACAAUGGGAAAUAUGGGGCUAUGAUGUGAAUGCUUAGCAAUUCUCCCAACUCCUCUGAUAAGGUCUUACAGUUAUUCAUUUUUUGAAAUUCUAAAAACACUAAAAUACCCACAUUAAAAUUUAAAGGUACAGACCUAAGUGUAAAUGAUUCACAAAUUAUUUGUUAUUUGGUGAUUACUUCAUUAUGGUGAAUAUUGGAAACUUGGCUGUAGAUCAAAUCAUUUUACAACAAACACUGAGUAAUGGGGCAUCAAAAUGCUUUGUUGUUCUGGAAUUUUGUUGUAAUCAUUCCAGCUAGAUAUCUCAUUCCCACUGCCCAGGAUCACCAUCUUUAGGCUCAGUGGUGCCCACUAGCUUCUCAUUGCCACAAGGAUCAGCAGCAAAGGAAUUUUUUAAGAGUUACUGUAGGGGCAGCUAGGUGGCGCAGUGGAUAGAGCACUGGCUCUGGAGUCAGGAGUACCUGAGUUCAAAACUGGUUUCAGACACUUAACACUUACUAGCUGUGUGACCGUGGGCAAGUCACCUAACCCCAAUUGCCUCAUUAAAAACAAACCAAAAAAAGAGUUUUUGUAACUUUCCUCUACCAAGCCCUCAGAUCUCUAGGCCAAAGACACUGAUAGAAGUCCUUCUCAGAUGUCCCAGCAGGGACAUGUUUACUUUCCCUCUCAUUGCCUGCCUAUUGGCUGAUCAUCCUUAGGUUGACUUGAACUGCCACAGAGGAAAGCGGGAGGCAAAUUCAGGUUUAUUAAAGGAAAUUUCUCUAAAAAUCUCCCAGGUGAGAGAAAUAUAUAUUUGUAAGUUUUUUUAUAGUUUUCAAAAAAAUAUUUUUCAUGAAAUUUGACCCUCACCAUGAUCUUGUCAAUGAACUGAAGAAAGAUGGAGGAAUAAUUUAUUACUUAAGGUCACACACAUUCAAGGACAGAACCAGGGUUAUGAACCCAGGUCUUUAGAUUCCUAGUCCAAUUUGUUUUACACUUAGCCAUGUGUAAAAGCAAUGUGGAAAGAGAAAAAUUAAAGAAUCUCUUCACUGGUGAUUUUGAAUUGGUUUAUAUUAUGAUCUCUCUUAAUUCAAUAAGCAUUUAUUAAGCACCCACUAUGAGCCAGCCACUAUCUAAGUACUGGGAAUAAAAGGCAGAAAUGAUGCCAUCCCUGUUCUCAAGGAGCUUACAUUUUACCCAAUGAUAAAAUAUUUACUCAGAUGCAGAUAAGUAAAGACAAGGUCAUUGGUAGGGGAAUGGAGACUACUAAUAACUGAGAAUGGGAAGAAAAUCAAGAAUGGCCUCCUCAAAGGAGGCAGCACUUGAACUAGACCUUAGAGGCUACUAGAAUUUCAAGAGAGGUGAGGAGAGAGCAUUUCAAGCAAUGAGGUGGGGAUAAGGAAAGAAACUCCCUGUACCAAGGCUAGCUGCUGUGGCACACAAUCGGCUAUUAGAUUUAUUGUAGGGAAAACUGGAAGAAAGCAUGUGUUAUAUGCUUUAUAUAAAUGAUAUAUGAAUCAUUUGUUAGAAUGAGCUCAAAGUUUUAUUACUCAUUGUUAGGCAGUUAUAUUUUUGUUAGAGUAACAGCUAUUAUAAGGAUACAUAUAUAUUGUAAUAGAAUUUGACUUGUAUAAUUUAAUGCUCCCUGUAAACACUCAACUUCAUCAUGUGCAAAACAAUCAUGUCUCAAGCAGUAAUUAGCUAUAGAGAAAACCAGCAUCAAAAAUGCCCCUGGAUUGAAGACUAGUUGGAGGGAAAGUGGUCCGUUUCUCAAAUGCCAAUUCAAAGCCUUCCAAUAUGCAUUUGCAGUAGUCUUAGAAUGAUGCCAGAUCUUGGCUAAUAGGGUCCAGUAAGGCUACUACAAUAGCAGUCAUCAGUUGUAGCUUUGGGGCCCAGAGGAAAGUGGUAGACUACUGGGGUGGCAGCUGAAGAAUAGUCAAUAGUCAGACUAUGAAUAUGUAUCUAAUUAUAACAUCUAGCCAGUCAAUGCUGCAUUUCUUUAGGUAGUAGCUCCUUAUGGGGGUGAAAGUAUAUCUAAGCAUGAAUGUGCAUAAGAAAACUCCUUAUAGCUAUUUGGCUACAUAUUUAUGUAGGGUGGGGUUGUGGAUAUGCAUAAUUUAUUAGGCUGGGCUAUGGAGCUCCCUUCUGCUAUUUUCCCUUACAGAGCUUCCUUAAAUUCUCUACUAUUGUUUCUCUAUGAGGAUGGCCCUGUCAAGGGAAGUUAUUGAGGCCUUUUUCUCAUUUGUGGAUGUUUAUAUAUGUGUGUUUUCCUUAUUUGAGGAAGCCAGUGUGGCUCCCAAAUAUCCUGCCAGGUAUUCCUUCCUUCCUUUCUCCUUUUUUCCCCUUGCUUUCAUCCUUACUGACAUCUUCUGUAGACUAUGAACAAGAGCAUCUAUCAUGGUAGAGAAGCAAUCUGAGCCAAUGAAGCCUCAGUUCAAAGAUGUUACUUAAACCAAUUGAUGAACCAUAUUAGAGAAGUACAGAAAUAUGACAGACUCUUGAUUGUAGUUAAGUUUUUCAUCUUCCAAUAAGCAUUGUAUCAUGAAAGUCAAGUAGACGAUGAUUUUAAACCUUUAAUGUGUAUUGUUAUUUGUUUUUCAAAGCCCUGGUCUGUAGGUUGACUAAAAGCAGAUAAUAGUGCUGAAAAGGAUAGUUUUCAUCCAUUAUUAUUACAUUAACAAAUUUUAAACUUGAAAUUACAAUAUCUAUUCCCUGUAGGUCAGGAACUGAGAAAUGCUGAAUGAAAAUAUCUGCCGAAAUCUAUUUUUCUGAUUUUUAAAUGUUUGUUUUGUAAUUUUCACAUAUAUGAAAAUUGUGGUUUAACUUUGUAGGUAUCAUUGUUAGACUCCAAGAUUAACUGUAAUUUCUUUUAUAUCACACUGUGUUGCUUGGUAUGUUUUGAAGAACACUGUUUUUAAGUUGAAAUUUGUGUAUUUUAUAAUUUAUAUGAUGCUUGGCAGGUCAGUAUUUUUACAUGCAUUUUUCAGAGGCAAGAAUUUCUAAAAUUGAAUUAGAAAUUACCAUAUAUGUGUAACUUUAGCACUAAAUUUCAGCUCUGUUUAAUGUGAACUUUCAAAAUAUUUACUUCUUUCUUGAUAAAUGUUCUUACAUGAUAUAGACAUGUAUCAGAUGUCAUAGUGUAUGGCUUACUGGUAAAGUUUUUGUUAGAAGACUGGGAAAAUUUUUAAUUGGGUUUCCCUCUUAAAAUGUAUAAUGGCUCAAAAUACCUUGCACAAAAAUUAGUUGAUUGAAUUUAACUUAUGCUCCAGUGGCUAUUUUACUGAGAUUCUUAGAAAUGUGCAUCUUUUAACAACUGUUUUACAGACAUUAUUCUGUUUCAUCAAAGAUUCUAUCCUGUUGAAUUUAAAGGGGGUGUCCUAAUUUGUGUUAUAUGUGAGAUGUGAUAGAGUUCAUCUUUAAAAUAUUCAUUCCAUUAAAGAAAAAAUAGUAGUGCUAAGAAGCUGAUGGUCAUUUUCAUUUAAUUCCAGUUUGAAACUGAAGACAUUUCAGCCUAUUAAAUAAGAAUUGACUUUUUUUUUUUAAAGGAAAGUUGAUAAUUCACCUCAUCUUAACCAAGGGCCUUUGAAAAAUGGGUUUUCACUGGAUUAUUACUAUAGUAUUUAGAUGAAAACCAAAACAAUAUCAAGAUUACGUAUUACGCUCUAAGCUAUUGUAGUUGUCUGAUGUUGUACUUAGUCAAUGUGUGCAUCAUAAAACACUGUAUUCCUAGUUACCAUAGAAACAAAUUGUUCAAAUAAAGAUACAGAUAUGUA